UACACACACCAUAGUAAACGGUUGUUAUAUAAAGUCAAGAAAUAAGUUUCGAUCGUAAGUUUUUUUCCGCUUGCAUCAUGAAUUCUUCCGUUCUAGUUUUCUGCUGUGUUGUUGCAGUUUGUUUACUAUGCUUCUGUGGAGAAGCUCGUUAUGCUAAGAGAGAUGCAGGAGAAAUCUGUUCUAAAUCUACGCCUUGUGGAUGGGAAGUAUACAGGCCAGUUACAAGGACAAUUGAAUAUUUUAUAGCUAGUCCAUGCAAAUGUCCAAAUGGCAGUCGCUGUACGAGAUCCAGUGAUGACAUAUCUAUCUCUGCAUACGUUCAUCGCUGCAUUCCUAUUGGUGUCAAUUCAUCACAGUGGAACUACAGUUCAAACGAAGAAUAGUGACUAUUAUGUGCACUAUGAACUGUAUAUAACUUAUUCGCAUAUGAAUCAUUUUGUACAUAAUCUUACAUGCCAUUAAUAAAAGUAUUACUUCUGUUUUAUUAUUAUAAAA